AGAUAGGUUCAUCGUUUACCAUAACCCUUCACCUGGCAAACUACCACGCCAAAAUUUCCCUUGUUCUACGUCUCAGCUUCCCAAAAAAGCUUAAGGUAAUCGAGUGACCAAAUCAUGAUCAAAGGCGGCAAGUCAUCCGUGUUAACAUUCGCCGACAAAUGCAAGAGCAUACUGGCUUCCAAUUGGCAAGGUAGCCUUAACACGGUCAAAGCCGACGCUCAAGGAAGCAAGGAGGAGAUUUACACUUCAAAAGUUAAGUAUUUUGUGAAGAAAGGAAGGCCCUAUAUAUGGGUGCCUGAGAAGGAUUUGCAUAAUGUGAACACUAUUAUUGAUGAGCGUGGUUCAUUUUCUGUGACUAGUCCCUUUCCAGGCCAACUUGCGCAUAUACUGAAAUCGAUAAAAAAGCUACCAGCUCGGGUUGCUAUACUAGGGGACGUUGUGCGUCUUGAAGAUGAAAAGGUUGAGUUGGCGGCUGAAAGCCUUAGGGAUGCUUUAUUAGCAGAGCAAAGAAUUCUUGAAGAGUCGAGCUAUUCGGUUACUGGAAUACUGAAUUCUUCUUAUCCUAGUUUGACUUCCCGGAGUGCAAAUCUCCAGGAUUUACUCCAGGGCGAAAAACAACAUUCUAUAUACAGGUUCAAUAUAAGUUCGUGCACAUAUAUUGACCGCAAUGGGGGAGCACAUGAAGUUAAUCCUAAGGACAUUGAAAAGUCUAAGGCUGAUCCACUAUCUUCAUUCUCGAUGAGCUUGAUAGAUGGAGUUAAUCAAAAUGAGAUGAGGCGUCGAGCUCUAGUCCUUUUGUGCAUCACUUUCUUGAAUGAAAAUGCAAAGGAUGCUUUUCUACUUUCAAUAGAUAGGAAGGGAUUUGAUGUGCUGGGAAAAAUGAAGAAUGAGGGAUGGAAGGAGUUAAGGUUUACAUUCAACGGGGAAGCACGUGAUGUCCAUAUGUUCUGUCAGAAGCUUCUAGAAAUGGAAGAGGAAGCCCUCAAGAAUAUCUCAAAUUUCAGUGGUUUAUGAGUGUACCUGCAACUGCAUUGUGAAAUAUAAUUAAUAUAAUAGUCCUCUAGCUAGCAAAAUCGAAACUGAGGUCCAGUAGCAUUAUGAUCAUGUAUGCUAAAUUUUGGAAAUUUAAAUUUGCAGUCUAAAAAAAAUCGACUCUUGUUCCUCCUCAUCGUUGUCAUCAUCAUGACUAUUUUUGGUAGUUUUUUAGGUAUGCUAUACGAGUUGCAUUGUAGCAUCAGCGAGCUGUACUUUUGAAAUGUGAGUUCUUAUUUUUUAUUUAGUUCUUAUUAUAAUGAAUUUGUCCUUAUUAUUUUUGGUAGUUUUUUGGGUAUGGUAAUUGUCUGUAUGCGAGUUGCCUUGUAGCAUCAGCUAGCUGUACAUUCGAAAUGUGAGUUUUUAAUUUUUC